CAACUCACGCACGCACGCUCUGACGAUAUUCGCUUUAGUCGAGUCUUGCUUUUCGUCGGCGCGCCAACUGUAUAAACGUAGCUCGAAGAAAUGUCGUGCGACGUUGACAAAGGUACUGUACCAGAAAGUACAGAAAAUGAUCAUUUGUUAGAGAAUCGUAAUGAUGUCCGGAUGACAUCCUGUUCAAUUUUACCGGAACAGAGUGGUCAAAGGCAUCAUCGUCAUCAUCAUCAUCAUCAUUAUCAUCAUCACCACCACCAUCAACGUCAAGCAAGAUAUCAGCAUGAUAGUUGUAGAAACAUACCGACCAAUGAGAAAUCGAAUCAAAACGGACCUUUUGGGAUCGUUGACGGUUCGAGUCACGAUGUCAUCUCAGGAACUCUUCCAUCGAUCGUCGUCAGCGACGUAGACGAGAACGAUGAGGAUCCACCGCCUUACAGCGCGAUUGUGCCACCGGAUCACGUCGCCUGGCCGUUCGUCUUCUCGACCCACAUCCCAUAUUCUGUGCACGCCACGCAACCCUGCAUAACAGAGCCGCCUUUGGCGCCCUUCCAGAUACCACCAUCACCAUCACCAAUUCCACUACCACCACUAGCACUAGCAUCAACAUCACCGGUACAACAAUCCUCCUCCCUUCAACAACCCCCAACAACGACUCACCGACUUGAAACUCCUUCCCUCGAUAGUACCACCCCAACCCUAUCUUUAACGCCUUAUCGGUUCUUCAAGUUUGACUCUCACCGAUCCAUCAUAGACCAUCGUUCUUCGAUCUUUACCGAUAACGUAUCCACGGACAAACAGAUCCAAGGAAGAUCACGAAAAUAUGGAGGAAUUUUAAUUGCUACUGCAGUCAUUGUUUUUCUCAUGGUAUUGUCCUUGAUGGUUAGAUUUGUUAUGGAAAAAAGUUUCCGACGGCAAUAGCGAUUGCAUAUUCGGACAAACAAAAUCAAUGUUGAAGACGGAAAAAAAAAAAGAUAAAAGAUCAACGAUAAAAGAUAAACGAUAAAAGGUCAACGAUAAAAAGUCAAAGAUAAAAGGUCAACAAAAUAUAUAUAUAUAUAUAUAUAUAUAUAUAUAUAUAUAUAUAUAUAUAUAUAAAUUGAUGUCUCGUGGUACAAAAGAUACGUUUCAAUGUGUUGUUUCUCCUGUUGACGCAUACGUGAAUCUAUCAAUCGUUCAUGGUAUUUUCUCUUAAGGGUUAUAUAUCGCCAUUAGAAAUAUUUACCCUUGGGAAUCUAUUGGAUAUUAGCUAACAAAACGCAUAGAUAAAAAACACGUGGUUACCUUUGUCUGAGAUUAGGCAUUCUUAGUAAAGUAUCUAGGUUUCAAUAAUAUGUCAACCAGGCCAAUAAAUAAAUAGUGAAAAUAGAUGCUUAGGCGCGAUAUGCCAAGGAUUGUCUGGCGCUUAGCUUUGAAAUAUCCAUUGACACUCUCUAAUCUACAAGAUCAUUAAAACAAAGGGAGCACAUAUGGAAUGUUUAAACAUUUCAAUGAAUUAUGACCCGACCAAUGGGCAUUUAUUUUUUUCCUUUCCAUGCUCAGAUCAUACUUUAACUUUGUCCUUUUUAUUCUCUUUUUUAAUAUCAUUACAGUCUUCGUGGAUACUUCUAAAGACGUCAAUAAAAAGUCAAUUAAGUUACAUGUUUCAGAAUCAUGAUAUCUAAGCUCUCAAGUCUUAUUAUACAUCAUUCCUUUAGAAACAGCGAGAGUACAAAUAAUUAUGCAUCAUUACACGAAACACAUAAACAAUUGUAACUUAUUUCAUCAAAUAUACGAUGAUAAUUUCAA